AUGACACACAAGUUUGACGAGCUAAUCUCCACACUAUUGAAUGCUCCAUUGGACUUUGAUGUGCAAAAUGAAAUUACCAUUCAUCUUCAAGAACAAACCGAUGACUUAUCUCCAACAUUCGUUUCUCAGUCGAUUUCGUCAUUACUCAAUCUUGAACAAUGGGCAUGGGAGUUAUUUGCUGGAGAGUCCCGUUCGUGGAUCAAUCAAACUUCUUGUGUAGGAUUAUUAGAGAAAUUGAUAGCAAUUAAUCAUACCUUAAUCUUCAAUGGCAAGAAUAUUGACGCAGAUGUUAAAUCCUCAUUGAUUCUUCCAAAAAAUACAGAUUUAAUCGAUCGAAUUUUCAAUGAAAUUGAACAAAUAAAAAAUCCGAAUGAUUCCUAUCUUAGUCUACUCAGUCGUUACUUCGAUAAUCUGUCCUACUUCGUUCAUGAAUACGCACAAUUUGUUACUUUACCAAUCAUGGUUCACUUAUUUCAACACAUCGGACAACAUUAUAUUUUAAGCGAUCAAUACAAAACAUAUUUAACCGAACUUGGUCAAAAACAAAUUUCUCAAUCGAUAUUUACAGCUCAACAGUUAUUUUAUAUCAAAACAUGCUCAUUCUUAUUUCGUAUGUACGUAUGUUCAAAGUUGGAGAAGCUUCCAUUUCGCGGCGACGAUUUACUGCGACGAUAUGGCGAAGAUUAUAUUCAGAUUAUUCUUACUCAUAGCUCAUCAGUAGCUUCGUGGAGUGGCGAAUUACUAACAUGUAUAGCACAUUUGAACGAUUUUCUAUGUGCAUGCUGUUGGUGGGGAAAUGAUGAUGAGAUCUACAUCGAAUACAUGACGUCAUCUCAACAGCUAUUCUAUGAUUAUAUCCAAGGUCUGAAUGCUGUGAUCAGUGAAAAACGUAUCCAUGAAAGUAUUUCAACACAAUGGUCAAAUGACGAGACGAUUCUCAUUGAUUCAACAUUGAUUUUUCUGUUAGGUGCUCUGAAACAACUGAAAGAUUUGAGUUGUUUCAUCCGCACAGAAACGAUGCUGUCAAAUACUAUGUUAGUCAUUGCUCAAAAAUCAUAUUACGAUCGGAUAUCGUUGUGUGCUUAUGGAAUCCUGGCGGAAAUUCUAUCUGAUGAACAGUUAAAAGAGUUGCAAAUUACUGCGAAUAUAUCCGAAUUUUUCUUCCGGAUUUUGAAAUACGCAUGGAAUGAUCCGACUCGACGAUGUAAACGAAUACCUAUUCCAGAAUUGUUGAACGGCUUUUUAACUUUGUCGAAAAACGACGCGAUUCAACAGAAAACGGCCGAUUCGAAUAAUAUCCAACUUUUUCUUGACAUGUGUGAUCAGUACCCGGUUGCAUACAACAUUAUUUGGGCACUUUCAUUCAAUGAAGAUAUCAAAGUACGACUUCUUUCCAAUCGUGCAUUUAUGGAUAAAUUAGGCUUACUUAAAGAAAAUACGGAGAAUGAUAAAAUGAGAAAUACCAUUUCUGGCAUUCUUUGGAAUCUUAGCUCCAAACGUCUCGAUCGUUCAAUAUCCGAAACACCAAUGUUUGAUAUUAUGAUUAGUUAUUCACAUAAAGACGAAGGCAUUUGCAAACAAAUCUACGAAGAACUUGUCAAAACUGGCUUUCGUGUUUGGAUCGACUUCGAUCAAAUGCAUGGAAACAUUAUGGAUGCCAUGGCACAAGCUAUCGAGCGAUCAAACAUGAUCAUCAUAUGUAUGAGUGAACAGUAUCGACGAAGCAACUACUGUCGAGCAGAAGCACAUUAUGCAUUCCAACGAGAACUGAAGAUAGUGCCAAUACUAUUGCAAGAACAUUAUGAGCCAGAUGGAUGGUUACUGUUUCUCAUUGGCCAAUUGCUGUAUGUUGAUUUCACGAAGUAUGAGUUCUCACGAGCCAUUGAAUUGUUAAUAAAAGAAUUGAAAGCUCCUGUGAUAAAACAAACACAAGCAGUGCCGGUGCAGGUGACAACGAAUGGUCGUAAUUAUGUGGAUUCAUCUACAUCCACAAGUUUGAGAAGUCUUCCUGAUAAUAUUAUGGAUUGGAAUAGUAACGACGUACAAAGUUGGUUGGUUGGACUGAACCUUAAACAAAUGGCUCGUUUAUUAUUUGACUUUGAUGGGCCCAGUCUUAACAGUUUGAAUGAAUUAUUAGUACACUGUAAUCCAGAACAAAGUCUAAAUUUGCUACAAGAUGAUUCUCAACGACGUAUUCACGAGAACAUAUCUUUGUUAGAAAUGGCUCGUUUUCGUACACUUUUAUCCAAGCAAACACAAUCAACUCCAGUCAGACAGCUACCAAAUGUUGAUAAUUACAAACUUAGUCUUUUCAGUUACUGUGAACUAAUGUGUUCCCUCAUCAAUCGUUCGAUCGAUCGAUCAACGCAUCCAACCGUUCACCAUUCGUUUCAUCAAAUUUAA